AACGGUCGUCCCUCCCUGCGGCGUAUUUUGUAGGGACGCGCUAGCUCCCGAUUCGGCCUAGCGCCCCAAGCUCCAUCCAGCGACGGAGCUCAACGCAAAAAACUCCAGCCCCAAGGAAAGAUUCCCGUCCGACAAUCUCGAGCAUCAACCUCGCCGUCCCAGAAUAAUCCCGCGUCGUCUUCCAUCUUUCUUCUUUCUCCCUCCCCCCCCUUCUCCUCUUCUCGUGCAAUCCGUCAUUCAAUUGCCCUUAGGCUUCAAUUGUUCGACGUCGACGGUCCUUUCUUCGUCUCAAAGGAUCAUCCUCUUGCAUCGUCGCCUCCCCCGAGCCCGGUCCGCCCUUUAACCAUCGCCAAAUUUCUCCCUGCUUUCGCGCCGCCCGCGAGAGCUACUUAUUCACCAUGAUCUCCUCAGUCCUGAGACGGACUGUUCGUCCGAAUGCCCUCCUCCGCAGCAACCUCUCUUCCCAGAUCCUGAGAUGUUACGCCUCUUACCCCCCGCACACCAUCAUCAAGAUGCCCGCUCUGUCGCCCACCAUGACGGCGGGAAAUAUCGGAUCUUGGCAGAAGAAGGCCGGUGACACCAUCGCCCCCGGUGAUGUCCUGGUCGAGAUUGAGACCGACAAGGCUCAGAUGGACUUUGAGUUCCAGGAGGAGGGUGUUAUCGCCAAGCUCCUGAAGGAGUCCGGUGAGAAGGACAUCCCCGUCGGUAACCCCAUUGCCGUCCUUGUUGAGGAGGGCACCGAUGUUAGCGCCUUCGAGGGAUUCUCCGCCGCCGACGCCGGUGGUGAGGCCAAGCCCGCCCCCAAGGAGACUCCCAAGAAGGAGUCCGAGUCCGCCCCUGCCCCUACCCCCGAGCCCGAGAACUCCUCCGACGACUUCAACAAGCCCGCCGGCAAGCUCGAGAACGCUCUUGACCGUGAGCCCAAUGCCUCCUUCAGCGCCGUUCGCCUCGCCAAGGAGAAGGGCAUCAACAUCGGCGACGUCAAGGGAUCCGGCAAGGGCGGUAAGAUCACCGAGGAGGAUGUCAAGAAGGCUGUCUCCUCCCCCGUUGUCGCUGCCCCCGGCGCUUCCUACGAGGACUUCCCCAUCAGCGGCAUGCGCAAGACCAUUGCCUCCCGCCUCCAGGAGUCUACCCAGAACAACCCCCACUUCUACGUCUCCUCCAGCAUCUCCGUCAGCAAGCUCCUCAAGCUUCGCCAGGCCCUCAACGCCUCCUCUGACGGCAAGUACAAGCUGUCCGUCAACGACUUCCUCAUCAAGGCCAUCGGUGUCGCCUCCAAGAAGGUUCCCCAGGCCAACUCCAGCUGGCGCGGCGAUGUCAUCCGCCAGCACAACACCGUCGACGUCUCCGUCGCCGUCUCCACCCCCACUGGCCUCAUCACCCCCAUUGUCACUGGUGUCGAGGCUCGCGGUCUCGAGGGUAUUUCCACCGAGGUCAAGAAGCUCGCCAAGCUCGCGCGCGACGGCAAGCUCAAGCCUGAGCAGUACCAGGGCGGCUCCAUCUCCAUCUCCAACAUGGGCAUGAACGACGCCGUUGACAACUUCACCGCCGUCAUCAACCCCCCUCAGUCCACCAUCCUCGCCAUCGGCACCACCAAGAAGGUUGCUGUCCCCGCUCUGUCCGAGGACGGCACCACCGGCGUCGAGUUCGACGACCAGAUCACCAUUACCGGCAGCUUCGACCACAAGGUCGUUGACGGUGCCAUUGGUGCCGAGUUCCUCAAGGAGCUCAAGAAGGUCCUCGAGAACCCCCUCGAGCUCCUUCUGUAAGCAGAAUCUGCUGUCGUUGUUGUUGACGUUGUGUUGCGCGUGCGGAGGCAAAAAGAGGCAUGAUGAAAGUUUCGAAGAGGCGUACCCGGCGUGAGAGAAUUAUAGACAUCCAGGCCGAUGGAUAUGACCUGUGGCUUUUUCGCCAAAGGGAGGAAGCGGAGAGCAGUGAAAGACGGGCCGAAGCAUAUACCAUCUGCUUGGCGGCGAACGAGGAACGAACCCCUUCCCUAACCACAACCUACUUCCCGUGUACAAUGAUCUCCUGAACUAAUGCUGCAUCUCGGGUGCGGAAGAGGUUUCUGUCUUGUACAUUUGGUCUCCUAUUCCCAUUUUACCUAGAAAUCCAAGCAGUUACCGUUGAAAAAAUGAAGCCCUCCCUGUGCUUUCCGCCAUUGUGCUAUGUACAUGCAUCUCAGUGGCACAUGGC